AUGUCUACAUCUGAAAGUGACUUUGUCGCUCUCGUCACCGCCAGUUCAGCUGGACUGGGGGCUGCAGUGGCAAGGAGACUCGCGAAACUCGGGGCAAGAGUCGUUAUCAACUAUUGCAAUAGCCGCGGAAAGGCAGACGCACUGAUCGAGGAGUUGAACGCGCAAUAUCCAGGCUCACCCUCGAACGGAGACACGCCGGGCACCAAACAAUAUGGUGCCAUCCAGGCUGACCUGAAUAAACGGUCCGACAUACAACGACUGGUGGACGAGGCCAUCCAGCACAUGGGAAGGCUGGACAUGGUAGUGUCCAACCAUGGCUGGACGACAUUCACCAACUUCAUGAAUCUCGAUGAGAAUGUCAACGAGGACGACUGGGACCACUGUUUCAGCAUGAACGUCAAGUCGCCCGUGUUCCUGUUCCAUGCGGCCAAAAAUCAUCUCGAGGCCACCUGCGGAUCGUUCACCACAGUAUCUUCGCUCUCUGGAAUCAAGCCCGGCGGCAGCUGCCUAGAAUGGGGAAUGAAAUUUCCCACGACGAUGCACGAUGCUGUCCGAGAGAAAAACCCUCUGAAGAUGAUUAUUACCUUGGAGGAUGUCGCAGACCAUAUUGUCCACCUGGCACAGAAUCGAUCGAUCACUGGCACCACUGAGGUAAUUGACGCCGGAUACUUGUUGACUUGA